AAGGUCACGUUGAGCCUCCUGUAAUCAUUUUUUAUACAUAUCUAGAACUUGCGUCCCUAAUCUUAGGAUGUUUGCCAAAGUUAUUUUGUUUCUCUGUUGGGCGGCUUUCGCCAGUGCCAUCCAGUGUCCCGUAUGUACAGAGAAGGGUAACCCCGCCUCGUGCACUGAGGUCAUUGACUGCCACCAGGAUCACGACGUGUGUGAGUUCACGCUUCACUUGAGAGAUGAAAACAGAAUCGAGUUCACGUGCCGUAACAGACCGGCCUGCAACCACCAGGAGCUCCAGGAUUGUGACGUCAUCCAGCACGAGAGAUGCUGGUUCUGCUGUGCCAGUCUACAGGCAUGUCGGGAACAGGCCCACCUCGUCUUUAACACACUGUUGACUACACCAGUGCCGACAACAACAACGCCUACAACAACAACCACACCUACAACUACCACCACAACAACGACGACCACCACCACAACCACAACAACGACAACGACCACACCAGCACCCCCCAACAUGUGCAUCAGUGUAACGUGAGUGAACCUUGUGACGCCUACACCGUCCAGGUGACCCCACCCAAAUUGUGCCCCCAGUCGGCGCCAUAUUGUUUCACCAACAGCGUCCAGGUCAACGACCAGAAAGACAUCUUUA